AUGGUUUCCACCUCUCAGCACAGUUAUGUCCGUGAUCUGCUCACUGGACCGCCGCCAACGAGGAUGACGUACAACCGACUAGGAAAGUCCGGUUUGAAGGUCUCCAGUAUCAUCCUCGGCGCCAUGUCAUUUGGAAGCAAAGACUGGCAGAAAUGGGUGCUAGAAGAAGACGAGGCACUUCCACUCCUCGGGUAUGCCUACGAAGUCGGCAUUAACACAUGGGACACUUCGGAUCUUUAUUCAAAUGGAGUUUCGGAAGAAAUAAUUGCCAAGGCCCUAACUACAUACAAAAUCCCCCGAGCGAACGUUGUCCUCAUGACCAAAUGUCGAUCUGCUAUUAGUGCGCCCGGUGAGCCGCAGCUUUCCGUCUUCGCAUCAACUGUCAACGAUGGCCGGCUGGUCAAUCGAGCUGGACUGUCGCGCAAGCACAUCUUGGACGCAGCGCAAGCGAGUGUCAAAAGGUUGGGGACAUAUAUCGAUGUUUUCCAGAUUCAACGCAUGGAUCCGGACGUUCCGCGAGAAGAAAUUAUGAAGGCACUGAAUGAUGUUGUCGAAAUGGGACUUGCCCGUUACAUUGGUGCCAGCUCUAUGCCUGCCUGGGAAUUCCAAGCACUUCAAAAUGUCGCAAAAUGCCAUGGUUGGCACCAGUUUAUCUCUAUGCAGAACUAUUACAACCUGCUCUACCGAGAGGAGGAACGGGAGAUGAUACCAUACUGCAAGGAUGCAGGUGUUGGGUGUAUUCCGUGGUCCCCCGUCGCGCGAGGCAUCCUGGCUCGACCUUGGAAUCGUAUCGAUGAAAAUUCCUCACUGAGGUCUCAACAUGAUGCUGCGCUCACACGUCUUUACAGUAGGGAGAGUCAAGUUGAAAAGGCAAUUGUGGAGAUUGUGGAGGAAAUUGCGAAUGAACGAGGUGUUCCUAUGGCAGUCAUUGCAACAGCCUGGUGUCUGGCAAAAGGGGUCAAUCCGAUUGUCGGCCUGAACAGCAAGGAUCGCAUUGAUGAUGCGGUGCUGGCCGCCAAGACCAUUUUGAGUGAAAGGGAAAUUGCUAGGCUCGAGUCGGCCUAUCAGCCAAGACCUGUGACAGGGUAUUAA